UAGAUACCCUCCAUAAUCUGAACCAUCAAAGCUUCAACAUGGGAACAUUGGUGGGUCACAUCGUACCAGGAUUUUUCUUCUUUGCACUUGGUCUAUGGCACCUCUUUAACCACAUCAAACUAUAUUCUCUACAUCCAAACUCAUACAUAUCAUGUGUAUGGUUUCCCCUUUCCAAACCAAGAUAUUUAGAGCCUCUCUUGAUCAUUAUAGCCUCCUCACUUUCCAUUUCUGUGGAACUCUUUCUUGGCCAAAAAAAUCACCAACCAUUUGAUCCCAAUGACGGAACUAUCCCGUCAAACCAUCUUCAUAACUUUGAACACUCUUGCAUCUCUAUCACCUUCAUCACCUAUGCAGCUUUUGCCAUCGUCUUUGACAAAAUAAGACCAAUGGCUCACAGGGACCUCAUCAACUUGAUUGCAGCCCUCGCGUUCGCCCAACAACUCUUUCUCUUCCAUUUCCACUCGUCCGACCAUACGGGCGUCGAGGGCCACUACCAUUUGUUGUUACAGCUAGUGGUUUUUGUCUCUUUGGUAACAACACUCUUGGGGAUCGCCUUGCCAAGUAGCUUCUUGGUGAGUUUUGUUCGGUCACUUAGUAUUUCUUUCCAAGGAAUAUGGCUCAUGUCAAUGGCUUGCAUGCUUUGGACGCCAAGUCUGGUUCCCAAGGAUUGUUUUCUUCACAUUGAAGAGGGUAAACAUACCAUUAGAUGCUCAAGCGUCAAAGCUCUUCAUAGAGCAUUAUCAUUGGUUAAUAUCCAAUUCAGCGGGUUUCUGGUGGUUGUGACCAUCUUUGCAAUGUGGUUUUAUAUUUUUUUGCAAAGGAUCUAUGGUGAGACAAUUGAAUAUUCUGAGCUUCGAACAAAGGAAUCCAAAGACGUGAUGUGACCAUGGUUGAUGAGGUUCAUUAUUCUGAGUCACAAAAUGAAUUUAAGUCACUAGCUUCUUCGGAAAACUACCAACUUCUCACGAUGUUUUAAGUAUUCCAAUUAAGAUAGCUUGACCAUGGAUUCAUGGGAAUAUAUAGACUUAUUAUGUGUUUUAUUAAAGUAACACUAAAAGUUCAGGUGGAAGACAAUCCAUAUAAGUUUACAAAAAAAAAAAAAAAAGACAAUCCAUAUAUGUACAGUGUGUUGUAAAUAUAUGAGCGUGCUGUAAUCUAAUAUAUACAGAUGGAUAUAUUCUAUUAAAA